UACAAAUACAUACCUAUGUCAAUGAAAUGUCACAAAACUAUGAUUAAACAAAUUGUUUGCUUAGCUACAUUUUAUAACUUUUUUUAAUUGUAACUGUUUCUAUAUACAAUCCGAGAAUGCUAGUCUCAGAUUCUGGCUUCAACCACAGCAACGAAAUAUUAAUCAAAGUCAUCAGUCCUGAAGGUCAGACAUUCACUGCUUACUUCUCUGAAGACACUCUUAUCGAGGAAGUGAAGAAUCGGGCCUUAGAUUACUUCUACCCUAAUGGAGAAAACGGGUCUGGCAGAUUCAAGGUCGUGCGUGUUUUCGACACGUCAACGUUACACGAUUUUCUUACACUGUUACAAGAACAAGUGAUGAUGCAGGAAGAGUUCCUAUUGGUCGAGAGAAGGAUCCCUGAAGCUGGCACUUUGUGGGAUCUUGGAAAUGUCAGAGCUCCUCAACAUGGGACCAUAGCUGCUGCUACCGCAUCUCUCCCACCACCGGAAAACACCAUGCGUCAACCGAAUCUCCAAUCUUUAUUGUCAACCAACGAAUUAUCUCACGAACUACGGAAAAUUCUCAUAUCGUUAAUAGAAGCUGGGGCUCGUCUAGCGGCCGCUGGGAGGAACUAUGAGAUGUCCUUAGCUCAACUAUCAGCAGCAUUAGACGAACCGCAGCGACCUCAUCAAACCGUCAUCCAAGUAAUAACGCCCGAGGAAAUCGCUUCCAAACUACACAUUGUAGAAGAAACUCCUUCAGAAACGGUGUCAUCCAAAACGAAAUCUGAUGGUCAAGAAUUAUACAAACGGGCAGGGCAUUUACAGAGGUUUCUAGAGAAGUUUCGAGUAUGGCGAUCGAAGAUAUCUGAUCCUCCUAAUUCAGAAGCUGUGACUACGCUCAAAGAUUUAGGUUUCUCCGUCGACGAGGCUGAUAAAGCAUUACGUUACACUGGUUGUAAUGUACCUGCUGCUGCCUCAUGGUUGAUUGGGGAACGUGGUUCCAGCAUUUUCGAGCUAAUCAACGGCUUACCGGAUGGCUUAAUAUUACAAACAUUGCUCAAACAGCCUCAGAUUCAGCGUGGUUUGUUAAACACGAGGAUGCUUAUGGCAUUCAUUGCUAUGGUUGGACAAACCGGAAGCGCUUCUCUCUGGCUCAAUUCUCCUCACGGAAGUCCCCUUCUCUCCCAGAUAUCGAGAACAUAUCACUCGGAGAAGUAUUGCCUGGCUGUUAAUCAGUUUUCAGAGAGAAGACAGGAGAAUUCUUCGUCAUCGCCUUCUACCUCUAGGCAGAGGAAUUGAUUUUUAUAUUAUUUUGUGAAAUUGUAUGAUUUUUUUAAUACUUUCAAAUAAAUCGAGUUCAAGCAGUUAGUUGUUUAAUAAUAAAUAAUUAGAAUGGCUUCUUAAAUAUAUUUUUAAAUAGUUAAGUGUCUCUGAGAAAUAUUUCUCAUUUUUAAUCCUUUCCAUUUUAGCAGAAUAUUUUUAUUAGCUAAGUUACCGCGAUACUCAAACACACAAAAAAAAUAUAUAUCCAUGUAAAAGGAGUUGACCACCGUCCUAUUUUCUCAGGAUAUAUCCUAGUUUUUGUAUCCUAUUGACGUCCUGAAUAGUUUCUAAACUACG